AUGGUGAACGUCCCUAAACAGAGAAAAACUUUUUGCCGAGGCAAAAAGUGUCGCAAGCACACUCUUCAUAAGGUGACACAGUACAAAAAGGGAAAAGAUUCAUUGUUUGCUCAAGGUAAAAGGCGUUACGAUCGAAAACAGUCAGGAUAUGGUGGUCAAACAAAACCUAUUUUCCACAAAAAGGCUAAAACAACAAAGAAGAUAGUGUUGAAGAUGGAAUGCACUGAAUGCAAGUACAGAAAACAACUUGCGAUCAAGAGGUGCAAACAUUUUGAAUUGGGUGGUGACAAGAAGAAAAAGGGCCAGAUGAUCCAGUUUUAA